CAAACUGUAACCCUGAAAUGCAAUCAGCUGUUUUUUCGCGCGCUAAUCGGACAACGAAUUGCAGAAAUUUUUGGUGGACAGUUUUAAAUAAAAAAAUAAAAGAAUGCUAGCUAAUGAAGAAAGUCCUAUUAGCAGCAAAACAAUUACAGUAUGGACGGAAGGCGAAACGAGACUUCUGCUGGAUAAAUACGCCUCCUAUUUGCCGGACAUUGGUCCCUUCAAGCAAUUAAAGACAAAAAAGGACAUGUGGAUGAAAAUUGGCGCAGAGUUCGAUGGGAAAAGUUGGAAGCAGUGUGAAGAAAGGUAUAAGACCAUCAUGAAACGUAAAAAAGUGGCGGUGGAAAAUAACAGCACCUCAGGUGCAAAACGCCAAAAGCUACAGUUUGAAGAAGAGCUCGAAAAAAUAUGCAAAAUAGAUGAUUCCAUUGAGCCGGCAGUAAAAAUAAGUAGCCAAUGUAUGAUAAAAAAAGAGGUCGCAGCAAAAGAAAAGCAAAGAAAGAGGAAAACGCUGCAAGAAACUAUGCUAGAAAUUGCUGCUAGGAAGGAGGAAGCCAGAGAAAAGCGACACAAGGAAAGAAUGGAGAAAGCUGCAAGAAUCGAAAGCCUUUUGGAAAAGUGCAUCAGUGAAAACAAACCAGCUUGAGCGUGUGAGGCUUCUGUAAUUUAAUAUAAAAUGGGAGGAAGUGCCUUUUGUUCCUGGUCCAACGUUUCUCCUAUUUAUUUUUUACUUUGUACCUGCUUGAAGCAAUUAAAUAUGAUCUCCCUUAUUUUCAAUAAAUACAAUAUAUAAAACAAAAGAAAAA